CCGCCUAGGCGCGAAAUGUAACGCGGGAAAGUCUAGGAUUCGGUGGAGUUGGGGCGGCUGCUGCUUAUCGUCUUUAGCCGCAGCUGCUGGCAGACUGGGAGUUAGUGUGCGGCUGUCCGCCGGCCUGUGACCCUGCAAAAGCUCUUUGCAGCUUCCCUGUAAUGCAAGCCUGAGGCGUCCCUGCCGGACAACAGGAAGAGUCGGGAACGGCAGAACCAGGUCGGCUUGGAGAAGGGGGGAGAGUUCUGGCGCAGGAUGUCUGAUCCGCCGGGCCCUGCGCCGGUGAUCUUGUUCUCAGGGAACUCGCCGAAGCGCGUCUUGGUCUCUGUCAUCAAAACCACACCUGUCAAGCCGCCCCGCGGAGGCGGCGAGGAGCUCGCUCGAGCCCCGCCGCCGCCGCCCAUCCCCACCAGCCCGGGCUUCAGCGACUUCAUGGUGUAUCCGUGGCGCUGGGGAGAGAACGCGCACAACGUCACUCUCAGCCCUCCGCCGGCGACGAAUCAGUCGCUCCACGAUGCAGGCGAAGGGAACGGUCGCGGGGUCCGAGACGUCGGUGGCCGCUCCGGCGCAGAUGACGAGGAUGCGGGCAGCCCGGACAGCGGCAUCGGGAGCAGCGGGCAUUCAAGGGAUGGGAUAAGAAGAGGCCGACCAAGAGCAGACACUGUCCGAGAUCUAAUAAGUGAGGGAGAGCAUUCUUCUAGCAGAAUUCGCUGUAAUGUCUGCAACAGAGUCUUCCCAAGAGAGAAAUCUUUACAGGCACAUAAAAGAACCCAUACAGGUGAAAGGCCUUAUUUGUGUGACUACCCUGAGUGUGGGAAAGCUUUUGUUCAGAGUGGGCAACUUAAAACGCAUCAACGCCUCCAUACAGGAGAAAAACCUUUUGUCUGUUCAGAAAAUGGAUGUGUAAGCAGAUUUACACAUGCAAACCGACACUGUCCCAAGCAUCCGUAUGCAAGACUGAGGCGAGAGGAACCUACGAACAGCCUGAAUAAAAAACAAACAGCAGCUAAUAAAGCUGUGGCUGAAUGGCUGGCAAAAUACUGGGAGACAAGAGAGCAGCGCACUCCUACAUUGAGAAGCAAAACUACACAUAAGCCUGAUCAGGAGCAGCAAGAUCCCAUGGAGUAUCUUCAGUCUGAUGAAGAUGAUGAUGAGGAAAAGAGUAUUACCCAUACAGCUGCCUGUAGCCGCCUUCAGGAACAGCGUGAACGCUUGCAUGGGGCACUAGCACUCAUUGAGCUUGCAAACCUGGAUGGAGCUCCACUGCGACAGUAGUAGAAAAACUGAACCUGCUGAUAAAUGUACUGUGUUUUGGUACCUAAACCAGUUAGCUCCUCAGCAUAAGCUAAGCACCUUAUUCGCUUUCAUAGGCUGCUAUUUUGUAGAAUUUAUGAAGAAUGUUGUUGCCCCAAGAAAAAUGGGGUAAGAGAAUUGCACUUUUUUUGUAAGGAAAAGUCAGACAUAAAGCUUUUUAAAGUAUUUUGUAAAUAGACUGCGUAAUGCAGGGUGAAAAAUUCAUGAGAUAGAAUGCUAGGUUUGCAAGGAUAGGGCUGUGCUGCUAUUCACAAGUACAUGGAAGUCAGCCACUGUGCAAUCAGGGGGACUUUCCUCCAUGUAAAAGUGUUUAAAAUAGAUGCCAGUCUUUCUUGGAUGCAGUCCUCACAGGAAGCACUUUCUGAACUUAACACUUUAGAAUAAUGGUACACAUCUAUUGAAGUUGGAUGUAAGUAGGGACCUUGAUUUUGAAACGUCCAUAUUUUACUUAGCAUUACUGACAAGGGUCCUAGAACAGUUGUCUUAACCUUGUAGUAGCACUGAAGAACCGGGUGCUGUGUUGUUCAGGAUCUUUACUGUGACUGCUGACACUGAGGCACUGGUGUGGACUGAGAUCUUGGCAGUCUCUUGGUUGAGUAGCGCUUGUUCCUUUUGCACAUUGUUGGACUUGCCUAUAACUUUGUGAUGUAAUCUUGCAAAUUCUAGGCAUCGUGGUAACAUCACAUAGGGUGUGGAAUUUUUUUUCAGACUUCAGAGACCCUGUAACAAUGGCAUUUGUGUUUUGUUAAUAGGGAUAUUUGCAGGAUAGUGUCGGUUUAUAGUAAAAUAUUUUAUAAGAUUUAUUAGCAAACACUAAAAGUACUGCUUCAAAACUUCCUUGCAGAUCUUUUCCUUGCGUAACGCCACCUUAUUGCUUUAUUUCAUAAUUACAUGCCAAGUUUGUGUUCACUAACUGUAGUACAGUUACUGAUAAAGUUGCAAAAAGUAUUGGCUAUACAGCUAGAAAUAUAGGCUUCCAGCAGUAGUUGAAGUGUUAAAUGUGUGGCGUAGUAGUUUUUUUUCCAAAUAAAAAUAUGAUGACUGCUUAGUGCUUUUUGAGCACUGAAAAUAAAAUAAAGUUUUAGCAGGAUGCCUUAUUGUAGUGAUUUUAAACAAAUUAUCAUAUGUCAGAUUUCUAUCUUGAUAGAUUGUUCUUGUGUGGACAAAAUGAGUAGAGGUGCGUAGUAGACAAAAAAUUCAAAUACUUGCUAUUUUAGGAGGCGGGAAAGGGGGCCACUAGCAUAAGUGUUUGAAGUGUCAGGUUCAUGACCAGCUAACCUUCCAGUUCUGUUAUUCAGACUGAUAGUGGGUUCAGCAUGCCUCAUAAUAAAAAUAAUUAUGAACAACAGAUUUGCAAUAUGAAAGUACAGAUUACUUUUCUUAGCUGUUGAUAUAUUGUUAGAAUUGUGUAUGCGUAAGGAAAUGGCAGACAGGGAAGACCUUGAAUGUUAGUGGAAUUGAAUCCAUGUAGCAUUGUCACUUGGCUUCCUCACUUCUGUGUGGCACCUCUAUAUCAUUAAAACAAAGCACUUCAAUUUGCGCUUCUGGUUACAUAUAAACUUAAAAUUAUUAUUAGAAAAUAGACUAAGAGUCUUCAAGCAUCAACUUUGAUGCCCUUCCUGGAGCUGACUUAGCUGGGAAAGACAUUUGCACUUCACAUAAUUGAAUUCAUAUCCUUGUAGAAAAACGUGCUAACUUAUCACCAGUUAUGCAAAUAGGCCCCAGUUUUUUAACAGAAUGCACAAAUUUCUUACCCUUAUCAAUAUCAAAUAGUUACCCCGAGUGCAUAUUGAAAACAUGUAGUUAAUCAAAUUGUUAAAUUCUGCCUAUUUGUGGGCAAGGUCAAGCUGCUUAACCAAUUGUGUAUAAAAUACAUCUUUGGAAAAUCUUCAAGCAAAAUAAGUUACAUUUGUGGCUUAAAAAAUCUUGGCUUUAAAAAAGGGUAGUUCAAGAACUGUUUUCUUCAUAUGAUUAAGCUGUAGUUUAAAGCAUGAUUUGAAAUGCUGUAAUUUGAAUAAGGUUUGAAUAAAAAGUUGUCUGAA